UGUCGUUUUGAUUUCUUCCAAAGUCUUCCUCUACAGUCUCUAAAGAGACGGAGCCAGUGAGACCAAGAAAGUUGCUCCACCUUCUUUGUCUCUUCCGAUUCCCUCUCUCUCCCUCUUUACAGAUACAGCAACAGUCGCGUUUUUCGGUUUAUUAGAGAGAAUCGAACAAGAAGAAAAGCGAGAAAGGAAAGAAGAAUGGGUAAGUCAAGGUGUUUCAUGGACAUUAGCAUUGGAGGCGAGCUCGAAGGAAGGAUAGUCAUGGAGCUUUACGAUGACGUCGUCCCCAAAACCGCCGAGAAUUUUCGAUCGCUUUGCACCGGCGAGAAAGGCAUAGGUCCCAAUACCGGCGUUCCUCUCCACUACAAGGGGAAUCGAUUUCAUCGUGUUAUCAAGGGGUUUAUGAUUCAAGGUGGAGACAUAUCAGCUAAUGAUGGUACUGGUGGUGAAUCUAUCUACGGCUUGAAAUUUGAAGAUGAGAACUUUGACCUAAAACAUGAGAGGAAAGGGAUGCUCUCUAUGGCUAACUCUGGCCCCAACACUAACGGUUCUCAGUUUUUCAUCACGACGACCCGAACUUCUCAUCUGGAUGGGAAACAUGUUGUGUUUGGCAAGGUUACGAAAGGAAUGGGUGUUGUUCGGUCGAUUGAGCAUGUUACAACGGAGGAACAGGCUUGCCCUUCUCAGGAUGUUGUGAUUCAUGACUGUGGAGAGAUUCCUGAGGGAGAAGAUGAUGGGAUAUGUAACUUUUUUAAAGACGGUGAUGUGUACCCUGACUGGCCUAUUGAUCUAAACGAAAGCCCGGUAGAGUUGUCUUGGUGGAUGGAGACUGUUGAUUUUGUCAAGGCUAGAGGGAACGAGCACUUUAAGAAACAAGACUACAAGAUGGCUCUGAGAAAGUACCGCAAGGCUUUGCGCUAUCUGGAUAUUUGCUGGGAGAAAGAGGGCAUUGAUCAAGAGACAAGUACUGCCUUGCGUAAGACAAAGUCACAAAUCUUCACUAAUAGUGCUGCCUGCAAACUGAAAUUUGGAGAUGCAAAAGGAGCGUUGUUGGACACUGAAUUUGCUAUGCGUGAUGAAGAUAACAAUGUUAAAGCAUUGUUUCGACAAGGCCAGGCAUACAUGGCUCUCAAUAAUAUCGAUGCUGCUGCUGAAAGCCUUGAGAAAGCUCUUCAAUUCGAACCUAACGACGCUGGUCUCAAGAAAGAAUAUGCUGCUGUAAUGAAAAAGAUUGCUGUUAGAGACAAUGAAGAGAAAAAGCAGUACCGCAAGAUGUUCCUAUAACACUAGCAUGCUCGGCUACAUUUAGGGUUUGGUUGGAUAGUGGAGAAGAGACUAACAAAAGGUGGAAAGAGCAUAUAAACAAAGAAAAUAUUCUAAAAAAAAAGACUUUGGGAAGUGUUUCUAUUUCCCUCAUUUUGGUAAACAAUGUUUACUUCAGCAUUCCAGCAAAGACUGAUGCAUAGUUUUUACCCAAAAAGGCAAAUUCAAUGUGACGACUAAUGCAAUUUUUGAGUUACUUCGGUCGCUCUUGUUCUU